AGUUGUGUUUUUGUGUUUUGAUUUUUAUUCUUUUGACGUAGAGAUUUUUUAGGCCGAUUACUAAAGCCCAUUGUAUAUUAUGUAUAAGGUGUAUAUAGGAAUAUAUAUUUGUAUGAUAAUAGUAAAGAUUAUUGACGGAACUUAGAAUAAUGGUCUGUGGUUGCCGCUGAUUAAAAAGAGUGUGAUAAAGGAGUCAAAUAAAGGUGAACAAAGCUAUCGACUGACUGUUUGUUGAUAUGAAACUUUGACAUCUUGCAAAGUUCGCAAGCAAAACACCUGCGAUGAAGCCGAGAAACAUGGAACGGACCGAGUCCGAAUCGGAAAUCAAGGAAGUGAAAGAGCUUGAUUACGAAGAUGAUUUUCACACGUCAAAUAUUCUAUCACAGUUAUGUAAGAUGCACAAACGGGAUCAGUUUUGCGACGCGAAGCUAAUCGUAGGUGAUCAUGAGACUUGUAUACAUCGAGCAGUGCUGGCGUCUGCUAGUAGCUUCUUCUUCAAAAUGUUCGAGAAGGGACUCGAAGACGACAGAAACCAAGCCAUGUUCAAGUUAAAAGAUGUGCGAUGGGAGGAGUUUAAAUUUCUCCUCGAUUUUAUUUACACUGGCAGACUGACAGUUCCAGAUGACCAAGUGAAGGCAGUUUACAGAUUGUCCCAAAGAUCUUCGUAUACAUUCAGCAACAAGGGCGUGUGCGCAGUACUUGACCUCUUG